AUGGCCGGCUUGUUUCCGUGGAACCUUUUCUGCCUUCUCAGAAGCAGGGCCGUAGCCUCCACCACCGGGAGUCAGAAUGCGGACACUGUCACCAGCGGCAACGUUCACGGACGAACGGCCGCCCAUGUUGACAAUUCGCUCGGUAGGAUUUCCGUCAGCGUCCUUUCUUCUCUUAAUCCACAAGUUGAUUCCACGAGCUCCGUCCUCUCCGCCAGCAAGUCCAUGUGGAGCAAUGGCUCUACGUUCAGAAAGAAUCGACGCAAAUUCACGAAGGAUGAUUGGAUAUCUCCUUUCGAAAAUCUCAGGGUCGGUGAUUCUGGUAUUAGUCAUGUUGGUGUGCACACCAGAAACUCCAUCCCACGUAGCAGACGCCCCGUGACCACCGGCAAUGGUCUCGUAGUAUCCAAAUCCUUGAGCGUACUUUCCGUCAGGGGUGUUUCCACCUGUUCCAAAGGUGAAAUUGUUGCAACAGCCCUGAGAGUCGGCCAUCACAUGGAAUGCCUUCAAAAUGGUGUCUGUGAUUCUCUGAGAGUAGAUAAUGGCAGAGUAAGUAAUUGCCUUUGGUGCAUUGAAAUUAUUGUUUGCCUGUGGGGAGGUUCCAGAGAAGUCGAAGAUCACCUUAUCGUCAGUCUUGGACUUUCUGACUUGCAAUUUGAUAGCAGAACCAUCGUCCAUGAAAUCGGUGCAAUUCAAAGUCUCUUCGCCAUGCUUAUCGAUCAAAACAUCAAGCAUCUUGGAAACAGUUUGUUUGGCGUUUUCCUGAAUAGCUGUCAUUCUUCUGGUACCGGAGCUACCUGGGUAUUUUGCUGGAUCAUCGAGCAUGAUCUUGGUGAUCUUGUCCAUUUGAAAUUCUCCAUUGCUGACCAAAAGUUCGGAGUAGAAGGUGGCUCCUUCUUCCCAAAGUUCUCUGGAAUUUGGAGGCAUGGAUCCUGGCAGAAUACCUCCAAUGUCGGCAUGGUGGGCACGAGAAGCAACGUAGAAGAUGAUCUUAUCUCCUUCAAAUGCUGGUGUCACAACAGUGAUAUCUGGCAAGUGAGUUCCUCCGGCUGA